AUGUCUGAGGGAUCAGAAGAAACGAAAACUAAGGUCGACUCUGCCGGGGAGUUAUCGGAUGUUGAUAAUGAGAACUGCAGUAGCAGCGGAAGUGGCGGCGGCGGCGGCGGCGCUAGUUCCGGUGACACUAAGAGGACUUGCGUCGAUUGCGGAACUUUCCGAACUCCUCUCUGGCGCGGUGGACCUGCCGGACCCAAGUCAUUGUGCAAUGCUUGUGGGAUCAAGAGCAGGAAAAAGAGGCAAGCAGCUCUUGUUACGAGACCAGAGGAGAAGAAGAAGAACAGAAAAAGCAGUAGCAGUAGUGAUCUAAGCAUCGAUCAUCAUCGAAAUGCGAAGAAGAAGGUGGACAAAGAUGAUGAUCCUAAAACCUGUAACAGCAACAGCAAGAGUAGUAGUUGUAGCAGCAGUAGGAAAGGAGUGAGCAAAUUUUUGGAUUUAGGGUUUAAAGUUCCGGUGAUGAAGAGAUCGUCGGUUGAGAAGAAGAGGUUGUGGAGGAAACUGGGCGAGGAAGAAAGAGCCGCCGUGCUUCUCAUGGCAUUAUCUUGUGGCUCUGUUCACGGCUAA